AUGCCGCCGAACAGAGGCACUAAGCGCACAGCCAAUGGCGCCGCUGCGACGACGACUACUACCAACGGCGACAAAAGCCUUGCGUUGCCAGACCGCCAAACAUGGCCAGGAUGGGUCGAGAUGGAGAGCGAGCCCGCAUUCUUCAGUGUGAUGUUACAAGAAAUGGGCGCUCGAGGCAUCAAGGUGCAGGAACUGUACGGCACAGAGCCCGAAGAUCUCAUCCCACUACCUCGACCAAUACACGCUUUGAUAUUCCUCUUUCGAUACAAGACGGAAGAUCGGGACGAAGUCGACACAACAAUCAACACUGACCACGUAUGGUUUGCCAACCAAAUACCCGACUUUGCUUGUGCCUCUGUUGCUCUGCUCAACAUCAUCAACAACAUACCCGGCCUCGACAUGGGCAAAGAACUCAACGACUUCAAGGACUUCACCGAGGAUAUGAACCCAAUGGCUCGUGGCGACGCCAUCGACAACUUCGAGUUUGUUCGGCGCAUACACAACUCAUUUGCACGAACGACAGACUUACUCCAGGCCGAUGUGCACACCAAAGGGAAGUUCGACAAGUACAAGAAGAGUGUCUCAGCUGCCAAAGCUCGUGAAGCGAAACGUGCGAGGCAAGCUGCUAAGCCACCAGCCAAGGCGAAGGCUGCGAAGGCUGCGAAGGCAGGAGCGACCGCAGUGCGAUCAUCUGGGAGAAGCAGAAAAGCGACGCCAGAUCUUUCGGAUGCUGAAUUAAGCACAACGACCUCUGACUGGCGAUCACGUCGCCAGACGAGGAGAUUGCCAGAAGACUCUGACGAUGAGUUCAGCCCAACCGCGAAGCGCAAAGGAAAAAACAAUCCAGUCAAGGACGAGGAUGAUGAGCUGGACACCAAUGGUGCUGAUGCUGCAGACGAGAAAGUCCAGCCUCGACGCUCCGGCCGUGCUCGAAGGCCACCCAAGGAAGCCGUCGCCGCCGCCAAAGCCGCCAGAGAAACAGACUACGAAGCUGAAGAAGGCUACCACUUCAUUGCCUACAUGCCCAUUGGCGACCACGUCUGGAAGCUCGACGGUCUAGAUGGCCAACCGCACGAUCUUGGCUCUUUCGGCCUCGGUGGCAACGGUGCUGAUGGAGGCUCGGGCGACUGGAUGCAUGUCGCCACCCCGGCUAUACAGCAACGCAUGAUGGAUUUCGCAGGCGAAAGUGUGGCCUUCAACUUGAUGGCAGUGGUGCGCGAUCCGGCUGUGAAGGAGCACCAAGAGCUCGUACAGAACGUCAAAGCUAUCCAAGCCUACGACAAGAAGCUCGACAAAGUAUCCGAAGGCUGGCGAGAGUUUGAAGGCGCAGAGACGAGGAAAGAUGUCGUGACAGGGAUAACACCAGAGUUCGGCAUCGCGCAGCUCGACAUCGAACAAGCGUCAUUACCACCGGAAGUCGAAGACAAUGUCACAGCACACGACCAUGUCACCGAUCUCAUCAAGCUGCGCGCGAAGGUCAUUGCACAGCAGACCUUCUUGCGUGCCAAUCUGCGCGAUGCUUCGUGGCAGUCUAAAGAUGAUCAGGACAAGGCACGGCAUCGGAGACAUGACUACAACAGCUUCGUGACUGGCUGGCUUGGUGCGCUCGCUGAGAAGGAAGUUCUGGCAGAUCUGCUGGAGUCGUGA